AUGAGUAGAAAUGAUGAUUCAAUUUGGUGGAGAGAUAUUACCAAAAAUAAUUUGAUUGAUGACUUUGUUGAUAGCGGUUUCUCCGGGUGUUUUUCGUGUUGUUGUAAAAACGGUAAAAAUAUUCUUUUUUGGCAUAGUUUGUGGUUGGGUGAUCAAUCUCUUCGCGAGCUUUAUCUGGAUUUGUUUGAUAUGUCAACCAUAAAAAAUUGUGCGGUUGCGGAUGUGUUGAUUUGGAAUAACGGUAAGCACUAUUGGGAGUUGGAGGCUUUAUUCCGUGGAGGGGAUGCCACUGUUUUUUCGGACGGGGCUGCCACUGAUUUUUCGAUUGGGGCUGCCACUUUUAUAGCGGUUGCGGCUGUUCGGGGGCUGUCCUGUUGGCCCCGUUUUUGUGCCGACGUAAACUCUUACAUUCCAAUUGAAUUGGAGAAGGAUAACUUUGUGUGGCGCAUUAAUCCGGGAAAGGAGUUUUCGGUAAGUAGCGUUUCAAAUAUUAUUAAUGAUUCCAAAUCUUUUGUUUGGCCAACCCACUUGUUUAUUUUGUUGAAAGUGAUGUGGGAGCUAAAAAUUCCUCCUAAAAUUAAAGUUUUUGCUUGGAGAUUCUUCAUUGAAAAAAUUCCUUCCAAAGAUGAGUUGUUGAAAAGAGGAGUUACUAGCAUCUUAAAUAAGGAUUGUGUGUUUUGUGGAAACCAUCCGGAAGUGAUUUCUCAUCUCUUUUUUAAUUGUCAUGUGGUGAAAGAGAUUUGGAAAAACAUGUAUGGUUGGUUGGGCAUUAAGGAGGUCUUAAACGGAGUAAAUUUUUUGGAUUUUGGCGUCAUACAAGAUAAAGUGAAAAAUGCUAAUCAUAGGUUGAAGAUAAACAUAGUUUGGAUUGCCAUUAUUUGGUGCAUUUGGCUCAUGAGGAAUUCCAUAAUCUUCAAGGGGGAAGCUUUCUGCUGUGAUGUGGUUUGUUCCAACAUCAUCUUCCUAUCGUGGAGAUGGUUGUCUUUUGGUUACUCUAAGUUUAGUGCCAUUUAUUAUGAAUGGUUUAAACUUCCUUUAUCUUGUUCAAAGGCUAUUUAG